AUGUCACAAAAACCUACUUCUCAACCGGAACGAGCGCGUUCUGCCAGCAUUCCUUCAAAGCCCAAACAAAAGCCCCCAAGCUAUGAAAGCACAGUGGAAGGCAGCCUCGACAACUCGAGAGCAAGUACACGUCGAAAGAGGUCGCGGCAUCAACGAAGACAGUACAGCCGAACGGAUAUUAUCGACGGCCUCGACCAUACAUCGCCUUGCAUCUACCACCAUGAAGGUCCAUUUGACGCCGCGAGUGUGAGACGCAAUGCUGUGAAGAAAUACAGCCCCCUGGAUGCCAUGAAGGAGUCAAACGCGGAAGCCUUGAGAGCGACGCCUCGUGAACGCAUUAUGGACGCCAUUAACAGCCAUCGCCCACUCGACGGAACAGGGUUUUAUCCACCAAACACUAUUGGUAGAAAUGGGCAACUGUAUGAAUAUGAAGAAGGCGGAAAUAUGAUGAAUGAAUAUGGAAUAUUCUCACGACAACCAGGCAUGAAGUUCACGGACAAAGCUUUCCAAAAUGAUCCAUUCUAUCGUACUUCCACAUAG